AUGUUCAGACAGUCUUUGCGCCAGGUUGCCAGACAAUCCACCAACGUUGUCAGAAGAACUUACGCUACCGAGGCCUCCGCCUCCGACGCCUUGAAGUUGUCCUUGGCUCUUCCACACCAGACCUUGUACUCUGAGUCUGAGGUCCAGCAGGUCAACUUGCCCUCCGUCAACGGUGACUUGGGUAUCUUGGCUAACCACAUUCCAAUUGUUGAGCAGUUGAGACCUGGCUUGUUGGAGAUCAUCUCCAAGGGCGGUGAGACCGAGCAGUACUUUGUCUCUGGCGGUAUUGCCCUUGUUCAGCCUGGCAACAAGUUGACCAUCUCUGCCAUUGAGGCUUUCAAGCCAGAGCAGUUUGAUGUCAACGAGAUCAAGUCCUUGAUCGCUGACGCCCAGAAGAGAGCUGCUUCCUCCGACGAGGUUGUUGUCGCCGAGGCCAACAUUGAGUUGGAGGUCCUCGAGGCUUUGCAGCAUGUUGCCAAAUAA